CUUUGCCUCCGCCUCUCUCUCUCUCUCUCUCUCUCUCUCCAAACCUGUUGUCUUGUGUGCCUUUGCCUUUGUCCCUCAAAGCUCUGCAAAACCCUGAACCUUCUCUCUCUCUCUCUCUCCCUGUGUCACUCACACUCACUCGGUGCCUUUAUGAACUUUUCAUAGUUAUUUGUAUUACUAAGGAGACUGUGAAACUCUCAGCAAAGUUGUACUUUUUUUUUUUCUCUCGUUUUUUAUUUUUGUUUUGUUUAUCCAAACCACCAUUAGAGACCCUUUUGGUUUAUUUACCUUUAUUUUGCUUUUGAGCCUUCUCUGCUUCGUUCCAAGACUGAAACAACCAAACCCCCUGUUCAGUUUUUGGACUGCUAUCUUCCAGUCAAUGCGUUUCUUUUCCCUUUUGGCUAAACCCCAAUUUGUUUGCUCCACAGAUAGAACCAUGUAAUUUUUUGAUGUAUACUGCGUUUUUCCUCAUAGAUAUUGAGUGUGGGUGAGUUUUGCUGAAUUGGGUUUUGUCUGUUUUGUGUGUCUUAUGGCUUUCCUUGACUUGGGGGGGUUAGAGUUUUUGUGAGAACCAAAGUGCCAUUUUUCUGUUUUGUGAACUGGGGUUCGAUUGUUUUACCUUUUAGUGUGUAAAAAGUUGGGUUUUGUUGAGUAUCAAAGGUUUUGUUGCUUGAUUUGGGGUUUUUUAGCUGAAUGUGAUAGAGAAGGCUCCUUGAACUCUUUUGGGGCUCUUUAUAAUUAUGGAUGUGAAUGAUCCUAGUUUUGUGUCUUGGGAGGAGCACAUUAUAAGGCAUGAGCGUGGUAACCGUGUUACUCAUUUUUAUUUAAAGGGUGUAUCUGGGGAUGUAGUUCUUGCUGUUAUAGGAACUGAGAGGAGUGUAAGACACAUGACCUAUGUUGUCUCAGAUGAUUUUAUUCAAUUUUACGACCUCGAGAGAUCUGUCAAUGUGUGCAGAAAGUGGCGGGCGAGAAGAGAAGUGGUAGAGUGGCUUGACUCCUUGGUCUCAAGGCAUCGUGUGCCAUAUUCGGAUAUAUCAAAAUCAAAACAUGCUAAGGGAUUCAAAUUGGCCAGGUUGGAUCUUGGGUUGAACCAGGGGCCCCUUUACCUUUCCACUUGCCAGAAAUAUACACCAACAGACUCAAGGCAAGCUUUAGGAUCUCUUGAAGUAUCAAUGGCUGGGCGUAAAACAUGCUUUCCCGAUCAUAUGGUUCCAAGGAAACUGAAAGUUCAAAAUUCAGACAUUGUAUGGUCUGGUGUUGCUUGGAUCUGUGCCAAACAGCUAAAGCACUACCCAGCUUUUGACAGGAAUGGCACCACCAUAGCUGUUCAUUCAUUUGUAUUUAUUAUGGGUGAAGAAGGACAAUAUCUUGGUUACUUGGAAGAUAUUUAUGAAGACAAGAAAGGACUCAAAAAGGUGAAAGUGCGGUGGUUUCUCCAUAAUAAGGAAGUUGAAGAUUUAAUCCCUCAACUUAAUCCACAUCCAAGAGAAGUUUUCAUCACACCUCAUGUUCAGGUGAUCAGUGCUGAGUGUAUUGAUGGCCCUGCAACGGUGUUGACUCCUAAGCAUUAUGAAAAAUUUGUGUCUGCUGUUGCACCUACUUCUCCUGGAAUCCACAUGUGUUUUAGGCAGUUCAGGAACAAUAAGAUCAAGCCCUUCACUCUUCCUAAAUUGUGCGGGUAUUCUAAUCAAGCAAUCCUCUCUUCCUUAGAUUGUUCUCUUGUGCCCAAGCAAAAACUUAAGCGCCAUAAAUUGCAUGUGGAAGAUGAGGAAGAGUUUGCACAUGAUGAUUCCGUAAGGGUGGGUUCUAAGAGGAACAGAAGUCACAAGGAGCAUCAAGGACCUGUAACUGGUUCUUCUGGUGUCAGAAAUUCACUCCCUAGGAAUCAAUUAACGAAGUGUGAACCAAAUUAUCCAAAGUUGAAAUUAAGAUUUUCAAGGAAAAUGAUGGGAAUAAAGAUCGUUGAACCCCAGGUCCAGUGUCCUGUUUCUUUUAAGGUUGAUGAGAAGAUAGAACUGCUCUGUCAAGAUAGUGGCAUUCGAGGCUGCUGGUUUAGGUGUAAGAUCUUGCAGGCAUCUGAGAAGCGUCUGAAAGUUCAUUACAAUGAUGUCCAGGAUGCAGAUGAAAGUGGCAAUCUAGAGGAAUGGGUCCUUGCAUCUAGAGUUGCAGCUCCUGAUAAAUUGGGCAUGAGAUGCUCAGGCCGCUUGACAAUUCGGCCAAGGCCUCCUGAGGAUUUUACGGACUGUACGUUGGAGGUUGGCGCAGCAGUUGAUGCAUGGUGGAGUGAUGGCUGGUGGGAAGGUGUUAUAACUGGAUUUGACACAUCUGGAAAUGAUGCUGUGCAUGUUUACUUCCCUGGCGAAGACAAGUUUCUUAAGCUCAAGAGAACGAAUCUUCGAACUUCCAGAGAUUGGGUAGGGAACAGAUGGGUUGAUAUAAAACCGAAGCCUGACAUACUCAGCUAUUUAUCUGAAAAUGUCAGUCCUAGCUUGAAGCUCUCGAUGUGUUCUACUUCAGCUGAAGCAUCUGAGUGUGGUGGCUCUGCAUUGUUGGAGCCCAAAGUUUUCACAACUCCCAAACUUGAAGCAGUUGAAGAAGACAAGCAAGCAUCACCCAAUUUAGCCAUACACAAUGACCUCCUGGAAAAAAUGAAGGGGGUCAAUUUCAGUAAGCAAUCUUGUAGCGAUGAUGAGGAUGAAGAUGGUGACAAUAACAAUAAUGGUGAUCUUGAUUCUGCCAACCAGAGAUGUGAUUAGCAGCUGAAGCCAUAGCAAGUGGUCACUUAAUGGAAUUUACGAGGCAGAGAGUUUUGACGUCGAAGAUUGAUCCUUAAAGUUGGGUUCUUUCUUUGUGUAAAUUUAGGUGCAUGACUGUUGGUAUAGGAAAACAGAAAAUUAUGAUUAUCGAGUUUUCUAACAUUAGGCGAAUUGGCGGUGUAUAGAUAUCUGAUAGGUUUAAACAUGGCGGGGAUGAAAAGUAGCAUUAUAGAUGUAAGCAAAGUUUAAGGUCACUAAUGCCAGGCUAGGCAGACAGGUAGUUCAAUUCAAUUAUAGGACUACAGUGCUUUAAUUUCCACCCGCAGUUUUAUAGUGCAAGUAUAGUUCUGAACUUUCAACUGUAAAGUUAUUUUAGUAUGGGAAAGAAAUUAAAGGUUGUGUUA